AUGUGCAAACACGUCCUUAACGCUCAAGUCGCGGUUCGAUCGCCAUGCUGCCGUAAAUGGUUCGACUGUGCCGACUGUCACAGAGAGCAGGAAAAUCAUCAACUGCUCCCCUCCACAGAAAUGACUCUUGCUUGCAAGAAGUGCAAGAAGUGCUUCAGAAAGGAUGCCGCUGAGUUUGAUGAAAGUGACGAGUACUGCCCACAUUGCGAUAAUCAUUUCGUCAUAGACGCCCUUACGCCGAAACCAGCAGUGAAAGUGGAAGGGGAGGACCCACGAAAGGACUCAAGAAUGUUGAAGGAUGAGAGAGUAAGGACAGACGCAGAACGGUCGAUAUUCGAUGUCAGGGAUGCGCCAAAUAGGCUUGGAUAG